UGGAUCGUGGUUAUACAUUCGAUAUGACGAAUAGAGAGGUUAUUAUUGAGAAUGAAGUAUAUUUUCUCGUUUUUUUAUGUAUUUUUCGUUGUUGUUGUUUUUGUUGCUUGUGAGUCGAUUCAACGUGACUUGGAAGUGGUGGAAAAAAUAAACAUUCUUUCCAGGAGAAAGAGAUACGUUGCAUUUCCAGAAGGAUCUUCUUUCGUCGCGACUUUGUGUGCGACUAUACAAACUGUAACUGGUUUCAGCAUAUACUAUGAAGGCAUAAAUUGGGGAAUAUCAUGGCUAUUGCCGAAUCGAUCUUCUGUACAGGAAUACGUCACCGAUUAUAGAAAAAGAAGAAGGCAGCGUAGAGAUCUGUAUACCAAAAUAGAGCAACUGGUAGAUAAAAUGGGCUUUGAUGGACGCUCAUGUAUCUACAGGGCGUUGUGUGAAGCUCCUAGACGUUUCAAUGACAAACCCGAAACACUCUCAGAAGAUCUGCUGAGAAUAAUCUUCAAGUUCCCCACCCACCAUAUCUCUAACGAAGAACCUCGAGAUCAUCUCCUGUACCAUCGUGCCUACAGGAAGGGCUUCAGCAUGGAAGAGCAACAGGAUUGCGAGCGAAUGUUCCCAGAUUGUCCCAUCUCCCUGAUCGAUUUGGCUUUGGGAAAUUCCGGAGAAGAUGGAAACAAGGACACUUGAUUGCUCUCCUAUCUGAUGCGACUUAGUAUUUAUUAUACCUAUUGUAGCUAUUGUGAUUAAACGUCUACUCUGCUGCUC